AUGAAGGUGUCGACACAACAAAAGGAGCCAGCCACUAUCGGCACAACAAAACAAGCCAGCAACACCACAAUGGGACGUGCCAAGGGCACCGCCGACAUACCUGAGGAAACGCGGCAAGCCAUCGCGCUGUUCCUCGCUGAGCGGUCUGUGGGCGGCCGCUUGAAGCGUGGUGCAGCGUCGGCAGCGGCAUCCAGGUUUGGUUGCUGCCGCCAGCAAGCCACCAAGAUUUUCAUGCAAAAGCUGUUGAGCCUGCCAAAGCCUCGGCGAGGGCGACCGCCCGCAAGUACGUCGACGGUGCUCAUCGCCCAGCGAGUGGCCCGCAUUGCGGCCACUCCCCACCGACGGUGGCAGACUUUGGGAGCCUUGGCCCACGCCACGAACAUCCCCAAGACUACCCUGCUGCGCUACAUCAGCAAGAAGCUGGUGCAGCGCGUCACUGUUCGCGUGAAGCCGACGCUGUCGGAAGACCACAAGUGGAAGCGCUUGGCGUACGCGCUGGCGCACGUCGAGCGGCCUAUUGGUAACAGCAUUAAUAUGAGGAAGUGA